AUGGACGAACCUGAGCUUCCUCCGGUCUCAACGGCGGCGCAGGCAGGAAGCCGAACACACGCCCGCCCGUCCUUACUGCUGACUCGGAAGAGGACGCGUUCUGACUAUGCCGACGAGCCUGCUACUUCCAGCGACCCCGCGACGUUUUCCAGCGACGAAACCGCGCCCGGUGCCGAGAACUAUGCCGCCGGCAGGAGGAAGAAGAAGCACACGUUCCGAGGCUCGUGGUGGGACCUCCACCCCGCUAAGAGCGGUACGAGGACGAGCCAGAGGAGGAAACGCGAGUUCAGAAGGAAUUUCGACUCGGGAAUAUUCAUGGGCAGUGAGAGCGAAGAUCCUCUGUCAAGCGAUUCCUUCACCAUGGAAGACGAGUUCUUGAGGGACCAAGAAAGGUCCAGUGAGGAGAAGCACGAUUCUCAGCACCCAAGAUUGUGGCCGAGCGAGAGCCUGGAAGCCACGCCCAGAACGAAACUGGCUCUGCGCAAUUCCGUGCAGAUGCCAAAGGAGCAUGAAGCCGUGUGCCACGUCGUCCGACAGUGUCUCGAGCUGGGCAAGGAAGAUGUGGAUUUGUCGGUCAUGUCUCUGUCAAGUCUGCCGUCGGAGGUCAGCACGCUGAACACACUCAGCAAGCAAGAGGAGAUCGCGCCGGGCAUGCUUCAUAUCGGCACCGAUCUCGAACCCCGGCUCCGUUUGUUCCUGGGCAACAACCUGUUUACAAAACUUCCCAGUGUAGUUCUCGAUCUUCGAAACCUCCGCUUUUUGUCCCUUCGGAACAACAAUCUCAGUUCUAUCCCCCCCAGCAUCAGAGAUCUGGUCAACCUGGAAUCCUUGAACAUUGCAGGAAACCAGUUGACCGAGCUUCCUUCCGAGGUUCUGGAUCUCAUCAGCCAGUCCCGCUUGCAAGAGUUAAUACUGCAGCCGAACCCAUGGAAGCAGCUCUCGAGGUUGCCCCUCAAACGCAUCCACCCGGACUCAAUCCCUCGCAUGGAAAAUGGGAAUCUGCGGCUCUGGAGGGCCAUAGCGGCCCCCAAUUACUUCGAGGACGAACUCCCGGGACGACUGGCGCAGAAUUCUCCUGUCCCGUCGUUGACCGAACUUGUUCUUCGACAAUUGUCCAAGAUCGAUCGUAGAGGAGAAACGGAUUACACCGACUACAUGCCACACGGUAGUCCUCAGACAGUGCUCGACAAUCUCAGCUUCCUCAAAGAGCAUCCCGAUCGACGAUGUGGCUCGUGCAAACGACAGAUCGUCCUGGCAGCCAAGGAAGAGAUCCAAUGGUGGUAUGUAAGCUGUGACCCAUCGAGUGAAGCGACGGCCGGGGAAGUCCUGUCGCCUCCUGGAGCCAUCCCAUUCCGACAUCUCCUUUGCUACGAUGGAUGUCCAAGAUUAGUACCAAGGACGGAGUAG